GUUGCUGUGGAAGUAAACAAACGCAUACCGGUGAUUACACGCAUUUUUCCUGUCAAAAUUUUGUUUUUACUGUUGUUAUUGAUUCUGUUCGGUAUGUUAAGAUGACUCCAUAGACUCGCCACUGUUUUCAACUAAUUUCGGAUCGCUAGUGAGCUGUGUAAGGUACCAGUCAAAAUGGGGGACAAAAACAGGGGUACCAGUCCAUAUGACGAUGACUAUAGUGACGAUUUCGAUGAUGAUGCAUCUGAUGUCGGUAAUCGGCGCUACAAAACUCGGUCUCCCUUGACCAGAACUGCUUCAGGUCAUGAGGUUAAACGUCCGAAGGAUUCUCGAAGUUCAGAUUCUAAGUUGUUGAGAAAGAAUAUACAAGCUGCCACAGGGGUAUACACUCCGCGGCGAGAUCGGUCAAAUCGAGGGCGGGGGCGUGGAAGAGGUGGCCGGAUGACAGGUCGAUCUAGUCAGGAGUCGCAUGUCGAUAAUAUCACCAGACGUGUUCUCUCCGCAAGGCGUCUAAAAAUCAACGAAAUACAAAACAUGAAUCAGGAAUUUCAAGCGCAACUUCGUGAGCUUAAAGAAGAAAAUAAAUUACUAAAGAAAACUCAGCAUCGGACUGAUAAAGCAUUACAAAGGUUCGAAGAUCGUGAAAGCGAUCUUCCACAGUUAAUACAAAGACAGAAUAAUGAGGUGCGAAGUUUAAAAGAUCAAAUUCGAAAAUGGCGGGAAAAAUUUGAAAAGACGGACAGAUAUUUACGUGAUGCCGAGGAUGAAUUGGAAAAAGCAAAAAUCAAAUUGAAAAAAUUGAAAAGUUUAGCAGACGAAAAAGAAUUACCGGAAAGAGCCGAGUUAAAUAAAAAAUUAAAUAAUGCAGAAUUAGACAUGGAAGCAAAGGAUGUUAAAAUUAAGGAAUUGGAGCGUUACAUCCAGAACCUUGAAAAAAACCAUCGGCAUGAAAUCGGCAUUGAGCGGGCCCGGAACAAAGAUGUUCAUAAACAAAUCGCUCAACUCAGGGAAGAAAAUGACAAACUUAACAACUCCGUCAAGGAAAAAGAAAAGGAGAUCCAAAUAAAGAACAUCUAUGUAAAUCGGGCUCAGCAGAAACCGCCACACCGUCUUCCCAACUCGUAUAAUGGUACACCCCAUGGAACCCCACCACCUGCUAGAAGACGUCGCCAAUCAUUUUCUGAGGCGGAUAAAAUGACCCCGCGUGAUCGGGCAAAAAAGAUGGAAGAAAAACGACGAGAGGAAUUGAAGAGGCAACGUGAGCUGAAAAUGGCCUCAAAAAAACCUGGUGAAUUUUUAUACGUGGACGAGAAAAACCCAAGACACAAUAUAUCAGGAACCAAUAUAUCAGGAAACAAUAAAUCGGGAAACAAUAAAUCAGGAAGCAAUGUUACGCAUGCGGACAAGAUCCGUCGUGAGAAGGAGUUGCGUGAGAUGGCGGAGGAAGAUGAACGCCUCAACACGGAGCGGCGUGAGAGGGAGGAGAGAGAAAGACAGGAGGCUGCAGAGCGGGAGAGAAGACUGAAUGAGGAGGCUCAGCAGGACAUGGAGGAUCGCAGGAUGCGAGAAGAACGAGAGAGGAUGAAACGGGAAUCCCUGGAACGGGAACAGAGAGAACGGGAAAAACGGGAGCGUGAAGAGAGAGAACGGGAACGGAGGGAGAAACGGGAAAAGGAAGAACGAGAUAGACGGGAACGGGAGCGGUUGGAACAAGAAAGACGCGCAGCUGAGGAACGAAGGCGGUUUGAGGAUGAUGUUUCAAUACAGGCAGAGAGAAAGAAGAAAGAUGACAUUCUGGCGAAAUUGCGAGAAAUUGAUGAAGGUGGCGCUGGAAAGAAAAAGGAAAAAGAAAAUAAAGCUCCGUUGGAUGAUCCUUUCUUUGUUACUCAGGUGAAAGAGGAUAGCAUUGACUCGGUGUCAAGCAAAAAGAGUUACACUUUCACAAAACCUACCGAAAAUUUGCAUAAGGGUAAACCAGCGCACAAGGAUCGAGCGCCAAAUAAUGGCUUCACUGUAGGUCCUGGUAGGAAAAAGCGAGAUGAUGUGAAUCAUUUAGAAAGUGGCGGUUAUAACCCAACAUUUGGGUCAAAUCAGAGUGGAGCAACCUCAAAGGGGGCAACCAAGACAUUUUCGUUGUUCGAUGAUGAUGAUUCUAAGUCGAGGUCAACAGCCCCACCAAAGCCAGCACAAAAAUCAAGGUUACUUGAUGAUCUGUUUGGUUCGUCGGAAAAAGAGGGCCCUAAACAUAAUGACAUUUUCUCGACCUCGAAACCUGCUCAAAAAAGUCAAGCAAGGGAUUCUCGGUCAAAAUUCCCCUGGGAAGAGGAUGGGCCUUCGCGCAAUCAGACUGGAGCCUUUAAAGCUAACCGGGAAAAUUCAGCGACUUUGUUUGGUGGUGGAAGUGCGCUAGUAAAUGAUGAAGACUUACAUAAAUCUCAGGUUCGGACAAAUGCUAAUGCCUCACUUCCGCGUCGUCCGAAACAGACAACGACCGCUUUCAGUUCACGUCCUACUGUAAAUGCAGUCGAUCAUUUUGACGAUGAUAUAGAAGAAGUAAUUUUGUGAAAAGGUUUUAAAAAAUGAACAAAAAGGCAAUUAUGUUUUAUUAAAGACAUUUAUCAAAUCUGUGAUAAUAAUAAUAUUAUAAUAUUUAUAAUUGUGUUAAGAAUUGUAUAUUUAUGUUAAAAUAAUUUUUCUCAGUUAUAGAUCUUGCGGUAGGACCAUUCAGUAUAUAUAAAAAAACAUUCUGUGAUUCGUGUUGUUUGUAUAUUUAUUUGUAAGUGCUUUUUAUUACGACGUCUGGUUUUGUUUUGACAACGUUGAACAAAAUUGCAUUUUAACUACACAAUAAAUUUUCUCUUAUUUUAUCACACUGUUUAUGGAUAUUAAAGAUAGAUAUUAAUAACUUCCCGGUAAUGGUACUAAAGCUUUAAAAUAACAUCUUUUUCUACUGUAAAUUCGAAAAAUGUUUUUUUAAUAGCCGGUUUUCAUACAGUGUUUGUUUUACUUUUCACUUUUUGUUUUGCCAAAAGGGAUUUAUUUGCCAUACCACACUGUAUAUAAAUGCAAAGUUAGAUUCAGUAACUUUAACAUUUAUUUAUUUUUAUUUUUAUUUUGGUUUUGUUUUAAAAUCUUGACAAAAAGAAACUGAAAUGUAUGCAAUGUUGAAUGUCUAAGGGCAGUACGAUAGUUUGCCAGUAAUCAUUGAUGAAAUUGUUCUUUUGACCUGCUGGUAGUAAAUUAUUGUCAUAAAUAUUGUAGUGAUAUGUUUAUAUAAUUAUGUUUUAAAUUAUGUAUUUUUAGAACAAUAAUACAAGCAUAUAGAUAAUCACACAUAAAGAAAUCAUGAAGAGUAUACUAAUCUUCAUUUACUUUCAAAUUGUAUACAUAUUACUAAAAUUGUUUGUUAAUGCUUUAAUGGAAAAGUGCAUUUAUUUUAUUUCUAUUCGUCAUCAUUUAUACAAAGUCAUAAAAUUUCAAUCAAAUACUUAAUCAUUUUUUGGCAUGGGGUGAACAACACUAAAAGGUAAAAUGCGUUAGAUAGUAAUUACAAUGCCAAAACAUGUCCAUAAAAUUACAAUAUGACACCGACCAUGGUUUAACAUCUGAAUUGAAAUUUAUUAACAAAAGGUACUUCAAAAAAACUUUUUUGCAAAUUGCAAAGUUUACAUGUACCUUUUCCGUUAAGGUGAAAUUUGGUCAAAAAUUUAUUUCAUGUGCAUAAUAUUUAUGUUUGCAAAAUUUAUGUGGAAACUAAGGGAAUUUAAGUGUGUUCAGUUAUAAAAUGAAUAAAUGGUUCAUUUGAUAAUUACAUCAAUUUCAUUAUCUAUUGUCUUUAUAUAUAUGUAUUUAUUAUUUGCUUUGCAUAUUUCACCUAUUUUCAUUAGUCGAGGGUCUGUCACGUGACAAACUAUUGAUAAACAUGGGCAAAAAGUGAUAUGUUGUAAAUGCAUAGGUAUCAUGUGACAUGAUGUCGUACGUCAGUAUGAUAAAAAGGUCGGAAAAUAAUAAAUGUCAGUGAAGUUCUUUAGUUAAAAAAACUUUUUUGGACGUAAUCGAUAGCUGUUUUGGUUCAAAAUGAGAUUUUUACUAAAAGCAUGUUAUAAAUCAUGAAUAGAAUGGGACAUAAAAAAGUGAUAUUCACCUCAACCUCAUCUUGACAAAUAUCACAUUCUAUGGUCACAUUCUAUUGUACCUUAUCAUCAGUAAAUAACUGUGUAAUUUAAAGGCAUAGAAAACUGGAUGCGAUAUUAAUAUACAUGUAUGUCACAUUGCAUUGAAGUAAAGAAAAGAGUAAAACAUAGCCAAUGAAGAACACUUACAUUCUUAAGAUUGAAGCAGGCAUUAACCCCAUGCCAAUUUCCCACAUUAGUCAAAAUAUGUUUGCAUAAUCAUUUACAGAACAAAAGCUUUUACAUUAUUUAGUAUAUAUAUAUAUUUAUUGAGAAUCUGUUAGUGAAUCUGUUAUUGAAUUUUUCUUUGAAUUUCAACUCUCUUCUAUAAUGUAUAUUGUAUUUUGUUUUUGACACAAGUCUUAUGUUAAGGAGAAAGAGGGCUGUUUCAAAAAAGAUCGCGAUCUUAGUCGUAAAUUGAAUCAUUGUAGUGUCAUAGUUUCGUUAUUUAACUGCAUACCUGUGGUAAUUAAACUUUAGCCAACUUUGAAAAUGAACACAAAGCUGAGGAAAAUUGAAGUUACGACUAAAAUCCUCCUUUAUGGAAACGACCCCCUGAGAGAGUAUUUCUAUUAUGCAAAAAUCAUAAGAAGGAAAUAAGACCACAAUUAAAAAAUACCUUGAUUGGCCUUACCCCACCCUCAUUUUGAAAGGUGGGUAGGUAGGUUUUUUGAUGUGCUUUUCCUACUUUCCAACGCAUUUGAUUAGUAUUUAAAAGUGGCAAAAAAUAUUACAUUUUUUACUGACUUAGAUUUUUUUUAAAAAGAGGAAAAAAUCAGAAAUGAUUUUUUUUUGCCAUUUUCUGUUACUGAAAUCGGUCUGGCAUAGUUAUGUGGAUUUAAGCACUGCUGACUACCGGAGAUAAAAAAACCCCUUUUGUUUCAAGUGAAAUUUUGUAAGUUGGUCAAAGAAGGCCAAACAAUUUAUUUAUUAAUUGUGGUCUACGCAAGGAUAUUUAUAAAUGCUAUUAAAAAUAUGGAACAAACUUGGAAGAAGAAACCCCUUUGAAUCCCUCCAUUUGUUUUCUUCUUUGUAUGAGUUAUGUCAUUAUUGCAUGAACAUGUUUUUGUAUGGUUCUAACUGAUGAUUAGUGCCAUUUGAAAUAACAGGGCACACAAUCAUUUGCACUUGUAAUAUUUUUUGUCAGGUUUCAUGCUUUUAUGUACUGAUAGAUAGAAUAAAUAUCAAAAUAAAAAUGCUAUAUGAA